ACACCAAAUCCAUCAAUUCAGACACCGUAUAGGGGCGAGCUGUUACAUGGGGAUGGGUUUGGGCAGGGGGCACCCCUGCUGGUCUAUCCUGUAUCUUUUUUGUUUUUAUGCAUCACUACAGGUCAGAUCACAAAGGAUGGGGCUUCGAGAUCCGAUCCUGAGAUUUUCCCCAUUGGACUACUCAGGUCACCUGGUUCAGGGCCCUGAGUAUUUUCCAAAACAAUAUUCCAAACUCCCUUUAAGGGGAAAGUUGGACUUCAUUUUCUCCCCAUCAGUAGGCCAAGCUCUUGCUCGAUUUUCUCAAUGCAAUCACGCAGUAGAAGGUUCCCGUUUUCUAAAGUAUCAUUUGAAAGUUCUGCACGAUUUAGAGCCAUUAAUAGGGGUCAUGCCACAGUGGACACAGCCAGUCAGCGAUCGUUCAUAACCAGGAUAUUUUUAUCUUAUCCAUAAAAAUAAUUUGCCAUGCCAGAUGGUGAUAUGGAAAUAUUUCCACUAUCCCCCAAGGGAGCCAGUUUUCAAUUAUGGCUGCCAAUUCAUAAAAGGGUGAACCCAGAAAUCCUGGGAUGUGCACUGGCAAGGUUUUAUCUAGAGGGACGAUGUUCUCCCCCUAAGCCCACUUCAAGAUAUUCAAAAGCAAAGCCAUUUCAAUAUUGAGGCCUGCCUGUCUUGCCAAAUGUAGCGAUCAGAAGAACAAAUGUGAUGGAAAUAGCGCCACAAAAAAAGGUGGAAGGAAAAUAGAGUGCACACCUGGAUCGGAAGAUUCUGGGCUCACAGGGAAAGGCACUCACCAAAGAGAGACCUUCAAGAAAAAAUCCCUCCACAGGGCAGUCAGCCCUUAAAUGAGGCCUAAGAGCCAGGCUCCACCCCUUCUGGUCGCACAGUGAAUUGACUUCAGCUGUGCUCCCAGGGCUGACUGGGUCUUUCCUCCAGAUGCUCAAUCAGUGGUUCAGGCCAUGACUCAGCAGUUCCCAUACAGCAUGGGACCCCAUGCAGAGGUGUCUACCCCUCCCCACACAUGGGAUGCCCAGGGCCGUGGGGCAAAGCUGGAUUUCAGAGACAUCCCCAUCAGCUCUGCGCAUGGGGGAAACAAAAGAAAGAGUGGGAAAGCUCAUGGAGAUGAGGUGGGAUGACUCCCAUGACUGCUCCCAAGACUGUGCAGGUGGCAUGGCAGAUGCAUGUGGUCGGUGUUGACACCGGGUCCCCAUGUGGGGGAACGCACGUCCUCCUGCCUGGGCUGCAGAGCGGUUAUGGGGCCAGUGUGUGCCCAUAUGCAGGCAGUGCCAUGUCCCACCCGCUGAUGCAAGGGCCCAGGCAUGGCCCUCUUGCGCAUGUCCUGGCCAGCAUGGGGACCUUAUUUACCCCACUGCUGCCUGGGGAACCUCAAUGGCAGCUCUAGGACCCCACAAUAAUGGGGAGGGAACUAGGGUACAUAUGGAGGCCCUGUAUGGGGUCACACUUGUCCCUGAGGGGACCCACUCCGCAUGGACACAGCCCCAGCCCCAGCCCCAGUGCAGGGACACACAGCAUCUGGGCAGGCUGGCUCCCCUCGAGGACAUGCAGGCAGUGAGCCCCCUUGUUGGGGCUCUGUGACGACAGAAGCGGAGACAAGCCUCAUAUUUGGGCAUGAAGCAGGUUAUUGGAGGAUGGGCCCUGGCAGGCAGCAGAUAAACCUGCUGAUAACGGCUCCCACUGUACAUCGCCGUCCCCAUUGGCUCCUGCCAACAGGGGCUGCCUAUAUCUCCCCCUCCCUGUCCCAGGCUCUGGGCUGAGCCUGUGUGGCAUGAUGGUGCCUGCCAGGGUGCUGGGGCUGCUCCUCUGCGUGCAGUUCUGCAUGGGCAGCGAGGUGCUGCGGCUGGUGGAUGGCGGUGGGCGCUGUGCCGGUCGGGUGGAGGUGAAGCACAAGGGCGAAUGGGGCUCCGUCUGCAGCUAUGACUUCGACUGGGAUGCACGAGGGGCCAGCGUGGUGUGCCGGCAGCUGGGCUGUGGCACAGUGGCCCAUGCGUCCCCAUAUGCCCCAUUCGGGCAGGGCAAGGGACGCAUCUGGCUGCACCCCGUGUUCUGCCGCGGCACUGAGGCCACCCUGCAGGACUGCCCCAACUUUGGCUGGGGCAAUCACUUCUGUGGCCAUGAGUGGGACGUGGGAGUGAUCUGCACAGAGGCACUGGAGCUGCGGCUGGUGGAUGGCAGGGGACCCUGUGAGGGGAGAGUGGAGGUGAAACUGCGGGGACGCUGGGGCACAGUUGCUGAUGAUAACUGGAACAUGAAUGAUGCUGAGGUGGUGUGCCAGCAGCUGGGUUGCGGAUCAGCCACUGACACCAAGUUUACCUGGCGAGAUUCUCAGUUCAGCAGUCCCCUGAUGUUGGCUUAUGUCAACUGCAAUGGGAAUGAGAAGGCCAUCUGGGACUGCAGCAUUAAGGGUUGGGGUCCCUACAGUGUCCCUCGUGAUUAUAACACCUCUGUGGAAUGCCAAGGGUUCUCCCGGCUGGCCGGAGGGGACAGCGCCUGCUCGGGGCAGCUGGAGGUGCGGCAGGGCCGCGCCUGGGUCAGCGUCUGCCACGGCCACGUGGACCUCAUGGCCGCCCAGGUCAUCUGCAGGGAGCUGGGCUGCAGUACAGCACUGCCCCUUCCCGGGACCGGGCAUUUUGGAGCAGCAGCGGGGCCAUUCUGGGACGGUGCCUUCGAGUGCAAUGGCACUGAGCCGCUCCUGUCUGCUUGCACACGGCGGCCUUCCCACAUCAAGAACUGCACUCAACCUGCUGCCAUCAUCUGCACCCCCUACACUCGGUUCCAGCUGGCAGACGGAGGCUCAGAAUGUACUGGGCGAGUGGAAGUGGAAGCACGAGGGGUGUGGAGGCCGCUGUGUGCCACUGCCUGGGACCUGCAUGACGCCCACGUCCUCUGCCGCCACCUGGGCUGUGGUUCCGCUGUCUCCCUGCCCCCACCAGGCCAAUUUGGGACAGGGACAGGGACACUGCUCCACGAUGCCUUCAGCUGUAGGGGGAGUGAGCGGCACCCAGGCGAGUGCCCUGUGGAGGUGCUGGGGCAGCCCCCCUGCCCCCACGGGCACACCGCUGCCAUCAACUGCUCAGGUGUCACUGAGCCCCUGCGGUUCCACGGUGGGGAGAGCCAGUGCGACGGACGGCUGGAGGUGGCCAUGCGCCCUGGUGUCUGGGCCCGUGUGUCUGUGGGGAUGUGGGACAAUGGCACUGCCACCGUGGCCUGCCAGGAGCUAGGCUGCGGUGUGCCUGAGAAAAUCUAUGCUGCACUGGCCACUGGCUCAGGCCCCAUGGAGCUGCAGGAGCUGCGCUGUGAUGGCACCGAGGAGCUCCUGGCACACUGUAAUGCCUCGGGGAUGACCACCAAGACCAGUCACAGCCAUGAGGAGUUGGCCAUUGCGUGCUCAGGAAGCCGGCGGCUGAGGCUGGCAGGAGGCCCCGGGCGCUGCGCCGGCAGGGUGGAGGUGUACAGCAGGGGCACAUGGGGCACCAUCUGCCAGGACACAUGGACCCUGCAGGAUGCCACCGUCGUCUGCCGCCAGCUGGGCUGCGGAUGGGCCCUGGAGGCUCCUGGCUCUGAGCGCUUUGGGCCUGGCACUGGGACACUGUGGCUGGGUGCUGGGGGCUGCUCUGGGAUGGAGGAUGCUCUUUGGCACUGCCCGGCCCCCCUGGAGCGUGGCUGCAAGCAUGGCAGCAGUGCAGGUGCUGUGUGCUCAGGGCUGCUGGACCUGCGGCUGACAGGGGAAAGCAGCAGAUGCAGUGGGUACCUCGAGGUGCUGCAUGAGGGGACAUGGGGUCGUGUUUGCGCCAAUGGCACCAGCCCCGCCACGGCCACUGCUGUCUGCCACCAGCUGGGAUGCGGCACAGGGGGGAGGCUGGAGGCUGUCCCUGCACAGGGCUCAGAUCCUGCCUGGCUGAGCUGGGUGAGUUGUGAGGAGGGGGCCCGCUUGCUCUGGCACUGCCCCUCGGCACCCUGGCAGCUGCAGGAAUGUGAUCCCACUGGCAUCACCCACAUCGCAUGUGAAGAGGACACCAGUGACAGAAGUGAGGCCACCAGCCCAGCCCCAGCUCUCACCCACAGCACUGCCCCACUGAUGGCAGCACCAAGGAGCACGUCAGCACUCAUGGUGCUGUGCGUGAUCCUGGGGAUGCUGCUGUGCCUGGCCCUGGUCGCCCUGGCUGUGCAGGCACAGCGUGCACGAGCCCAGUGCCAAGGCCCCAGUAAGGAUGCUGCCUCUGAGGUUGUGUAUGAGGAGCUUGACUACAGCCUGAUGCCCGAGUACCAGGAGGUGCCCAGCAGCACAGGCUCCCUGUCCCAAGGCUCAGCAACAAAGAUGGCAGAUCACCCCAGGGAUGGCACUGAGGAGAAUGACCUCCAGGUGUCCCCAGGUAGGGACACAGGCACAGACGUGCACGACUCCCCUGCCCAGCCCCAGCACAGCCCCUCGCAUGGCUAUGAUGAUGCUAUGACUGUGCCAGAGGUGCCCCCCUCUCUCCAUACGAGGGAUGCCUUGGUACAGACCCCUGAGGACAUGGGCUACGAUGACGCUGGUGUCAGAGCACUGGCGACAUCUCUGUGAGCAGGGCCUAGGGACGUGGCUGGAACAGGAGCCUCUCUCUGCAAAAUCGGGUGGCUGUGGCCUUGGCAGUAUCACCACUCCCUGCCUGGCACUGCAGAAUAGUAGCAAACUGCUCCAUUCUCCUUCCUGCACCUGCAACGCAACAGCUUGUCAGCUUUUUCAAAAUUAUUUUCUGUAACUCUUUCCUUAUGAGUAUCUCUUCUUUAUUAAAACCCAAAAUCUGUGUGGAAACUCACUUCCGGCCUUGGCUCCUCUUCCUGAGUCUAUCAGCCUUCCCUAGGGGCUGUGGGGCAUACCUGGAUUUCAGAGACACCCCCCUUGGCGCUUGGCACUGGGGAAACAACAGGAAGAGUGGGAAAGCUCAUGGAGAUGAGGUGGGAUGGCUCCCAGGACUGCUGCACUGCAGGGGAA